UCCGAUGCGCGUCCUCGUGCAAACCCUCACCCACCUCGUUCCCUCAGACAACCUGAUAGCAAACAGCGAGCCCUAUGGCGAUAGCGUUUUCUCCAUGCUGGACCGAACCUACAACCAUGUCUGGGACUAUCCCUUCGAGCCAGGCUUGCAACGCUGGUAAUCCUACGGUGAUGACUUUGGGUACAACAACCGGGUGUGUUUCUUCUUAUUGGACUAUGGCGACGCCCCGGAUGGGAAGGACGAGGAAGUUCCGAUUCAGUGCUUGACGUGGGAUGGAGAGAAGUUGUAUGUUUCUUCCCAAUAUCUUGAGGAACUACUAUGAACAGGAAGUUAAUCUACUCCUCCCC